CGUGUUUCAAAAAGAAAAAUAUGGAAGUUGUGAGCCCGUGAGCCGAUGUUGAUUGAUUUUUAGGUCCGAUAAGUGAUGCUCGACACCCCCGGCAGAACCGCACACUUAGUACGGACCUGGACGGUGACGCUUCGGCGUUAUCGGGUUGUUUCGGCUCCGGUGUUUUUUUUCCCCUUCUCGCUUUAGCUUUUCCAUUCCGAUAUAUUUGUUUUUAUCCGGCAGUAUGGGCUAAUUUUUUUUUCUGUUAGCGGAGUUUACAUAUUAAUGUCUUUUUUUCCCUCCUCCUCCUCCUCCUCCUCCUCAUGCCUCCUCCUCCUCCUCCUCGGUGUCUUCACGGCACAUAGAUGUACUCGGUGCCUCUUGUUUCCUCCACUAACCCAUGUCUGCUCGCAUCCCGCCUCCCUGCGCUCUCAAUAGAUGGUGCAAGUCAAAAUGUCCAAAUCGCCCGUAGACCCCCUGUCUGCUGUGGAAACCGGCUCCCAGUCGCACUAUUUCCAGGUAAACCUCGCCGAGUAAAAGUGGAGGAAAAUGCUCCCCAGGAAGUUGCCUAAACGCAAGAGCCGCUUCAAACGCUCGGAUGGCAGCACGUCUUCUGACACAACAUCCAGCUUCAUCAAACGCCAGGGGUCAGCUGAUUCGUACACCAGUAGACCGUCGGAUUCAGACCUGUCAGCAGAGGAGGACCGCGAGGCGUAUCGGCGUGAAGCCGAGCGCCAGGCACAACAGCAGCUCGACAGAGCUAAGUCCAAACCUGUAGCCUUUGCAGUAAAGACAAAUGUGAGUUACUGUGGAGCUCUGGAUGAGGACUGUCCUGUCCAAGGAGCUGCAGUCAAUUUCGAUGCCAAAGACUUCCUGCACAUCAAAGAAAAGUACAAUAAUGACUGGUGGAUCGGCCGGCUAGUGAAAGAGGGGGCGGACAUCACCUUCAUCCCCAGCCCUCUGCGACUGGAGGCAAUGAGACUCAAACAGGAGCAGAAGCAGAGGAAAACAGGAGGUAACUCCUCAAGUUUAGGGGACAUGGUGACUGGGGGCUGGAGGACCACGCCGCCAUCUGCAGGUGAAUCUAAACAGAAGCAAAAACAGGAACAUGUCCCUCCCUACGACGUGGUGCCCUCUAUGAGGCCAGUGGUCCUCGUGGGACCAUCGCUGAAGGGCUAUGAGGUGACAGAUAUGAUGCAGAAAGCUCUUUUUGACUUCCUGAAACACAGAUUUGAGGGAAGAAUCUCAAUCACCCGUGUAACUGCCGACCUGUCCUUAGCCAAGAGAUCUGUCCUCAACAAAAGACCCAUAAUGGAGAGAUCCAACACUCGCUCCAGCCUCGCCGAGGUUCAGAGUGAGAUUGAGAGGAUAUUCGAGCUCGCCAAAACCCUGCAGCUGGUCGUCCUGGACGCUGACACCAUCAACCAUCCCGCGCAGCUCGCCAAAACCUCCCUCGCACCCAUCGUCGUCUACGUCAAAGUUUCCUCACCAAAGGUGCUCCAGAGGCUGGUCAAAUCCAGAGGGAAGUCUCAGAGCAAGCACCUGAAUGUACAGAUGAUGGCUGCAGACAAGCUCUCUCAGUGCCCCCCUGAUAUGUUUGAUGUCAUUUUGGAUGAGAACCAGCUGGAGGACGCUUGUGAGCAUUUGGCCGAAUACCUGGAGGUCUACUGGCGCGCCACUCACCUCCCAGGAAACACCCCUCUGAAUCCCCUACUGGAGCAGAGUCUGAUGACCCCGCCUUCCGCCAUCUCCAGCCUCCAGAACAAGAACCAGCCGCAGCCUCACGAGGCGGUCGGCCUGGAGGGCGACGAGGAGGAGGAGGAGGAGGUUGGAGAGGAGGCCCACUCCCCCCUGGAGCAGGACAGUCUCAUGCCAUCGGACGAGGCCAGCGACUCCCUGUCUCGCGGCCGGAGGGGCAGCCCGUGCCACCGAGGGGGCGAGGAGGAUGAAGAGGAGGAGGAGGAGGAGGAGGAAGAGGAGGAGGAAGAGGAAGACGAUGAGUACGGCUCCCCCUGCCAUAGCCGCACCUACAGGGACAUGUACCCUCCCCAUCGUGGGAACGCGGGCAGCGCCCACAGUGCCAACGGGCACGAGUCACAGGACAGGCUGCUCCAGCGCGAAGCUCAGCAAGGUCACAACCAGAGGAACAACAGGCAGCGCAGCCGCCCCUGGCCCCGAGACACCUACUGAUACAAGGGGCACCCCCCCCCACCCCUCCCCCAGCCUCCAGACCACCAUCAAGGUCCCCCCGAGCCCUCCGACUGUCCCCAAACAAACAAUCCAGAGACAAAAAUUAACAGGAAAAAAAAAACAAAAACAUUCCCAAAAUAAACUUCCAACUUUAGUCUCAAUCAGAACCAGAUGCCCAGUUUAUCAACCAUUGAUCCAGUCACAAUCUUCCACCCACCUCUCCAGGGUCUAGUCGUCCAGAUCAAAGUCAACAGGGCUACUCUUCGACAGAAAGGUUUCAGGCUACCAGCUGUACGCAAACUCAAACUUUAGCUGCUUUGCCUAAGGUUUCUCUACGGUAGGAUGUCUCAAAUACUGGCCUUAAAAUUCCUAAGACUUUUAAUUAUCUUUACGAUUGCAUGUAUAAUUAUUUUAAGACUAUUUGCACAUUAACGUCAGAACAGGAAGCAAAUGAUCUUUGCGGAUAAACUAAUGUAGGAAUGUCUACUGUUGAAUCCAUUUAUGGGGAAUAGCAAUGCAUUUGAUUACAAUGUAUAUACUGAAUGGGCACAUGAUUUUGUUUCAUUGCUACCUUAUUUGUGUGUUUGAUUUGUUUUAUAUAUACAUACAUAUAUAAAUAUAUAUGUGUGUGUGUGUGUGGACUUGUUUGUUGCCAUCCAUGUGUCCAUCCAUGUGAACGGCAUCGAGGAGACACAUGCACGGCCUCCAAACGUCCACAAAGUCGGUCAUCAGUAAGAAGCUGCAGUACGUCCUGGGCGUCACUCGUCUUUGCUGUUGCACAAUCACUCUCCGGACACCUCUAAAAAUCAGAGAAUGUAAACACAACCGAGAAAAAAAGGGAAAGUUUCAGAUCUUUUUAAGUGAUUUGCCGACAACGCUUGUUUACAUCGAGUCAUUCGCCACACGUCAAGCACACGCUGCUCGGCCGCAGCAGCUCCUCUCUCGAUCCCGGGCUUCACAGAAUGUAAGCUUGCAUGCCUUCUUUGCACCUCCGACUCAAACCCAUCGCCCCGUGAUUCGAUUGUAGCACGUUAUUGAUUGUAGCAUCCACACUUUCUACACUGAUCCCCCCCCCCCCCGGGCUCUCUCCCCGUGUGUGUCAAACAUUGCGUUUUGUACUGCAGCUGGUUUUUAAUCAAGGCGGAUCCUCAGGUCUAAGUCCGACAUCGCGCUCACCUCCAUGUGACGAAUGCGUCGUGCCCCCGAAAGGACUCGUAGCAGCCGGGACGCGGUGUCAGUCUGUCCCUGCACCACUUUCCCGUCCAGGAGAUGAGUUGAUGCUGACGAGCGGCGCCCCCCUCCACUCUUACAAGGAGGGAGGGGGGCGUCGAUGUAGUCAGGAAACACACCGGUUUACUGCUUCCACGCCUCACACGUAUCUCUAUCUAGUGUUCUGUAUAUUUUGAAGAGUUAUUUAAAGAAAAAAAAAAGAAAAUAUCAGCAUGAUCGAGAGAAAAAAAGAAGAAAAAAAUCUAUGCAAGUGUUGCAUGAAAUCUGAUUGUUUCUUUUUAAGUAUUUUAGUAAUGCAUUGAUUCUGACUCUCCUCGUCGUCUCGUAGUGAUAGUCUUUGUCUUUGGGGCUACUCACUCCUCGCGCCACUAACACUAAAGAAAAAUAAUAAUAAUAAUAAAAAAAUGUUUAUUUCUCCACACACUUUAACACCGAGGACAUUCUUCCAUAAUAUUAACCGCUGACGCACUUUUAAAAGCCACUCACCGGAAAACAAUUAAGUAAAUAAGAGCCCCAGAUCAGGCCUGAGUGAAUUAUCGGAGCCCUGCAUGUCUUAGUUUGACAAUUAGCUACUUCCAUCGUAUUUUGGCAGAGUUUGUUUUCUCAAAGCGGACCAAUUUAGCAACUGGUAAAAAAGCAGUUGAGGUUUUUUCAAUUUAUGAAGCACAAUUUUUACAAGGGUUAUAGUUUAGUUUCCUCUGUCUUAUUCUGUAUGCAAUACGAAGCCUAACAUUGAAAAAAAACAAGAAAAAAACAACAAAAAAACAACUUUAAACGCCUUAGACCAUCUGGACUUCCUCUUUUUUGUGUGAGUAGAAAAAAAAAUUGCACUACUACUUUGUUUUGGGGAUGGUUGCUUUGUAAUGCAAUAACUGCACUAAAUAUAACCGUGUAUCCACCAGACUACCACAGCGUGCUAGCGUGGCCCGACACGCCUCUUCCCUCUAUUUAAACAAAAGAGACAGCAAAUGUGUAAAAAGUGAGACAUUUCCUGCCUGAUGCUGUAUAGAAUGCUUUCUAUUUGACAAAUAGAUUUACAAUGCUAAGUAAAAAAAAAAGAAAAGAAUAUAUGACUUCAAAUAAAUAAACAUGACAUUUUAUGUACUUUUAA